AUGGUGGAGCUGCGCCACGAGAACAACUUCGCGGAGCUGAAGAAGCACACCGACCUCCAUCCUAUCAAGCGCAACGUCAUGCGCUGGUCAUCUACAUUCACGAUGCUGGAGCGUUACAUUCGUAUUCGCUCCGAGAUCAAGAAGGUGGAGGCGGUUGAGGAGCUGAUCCCAACGGGGGGCAAGCACCGCAAGCUCGUGGUCUUAUUCGAGCAUCUGAAGAAGUUCGAGAGUAUCUGCAAGCGGCUGCAGCGCGAGGAUACGGACAUGGCGGAGGUGCGAGCACCUCAAGACGUCCUGCACACUCCCGCCUUUGAGACAGGUGUUGUGAAGGUGAUCGCUGGGGCAGCUCUCUCGCAGUCGGAAACAGCAGCUCUGAAGCGCUUCGAGGUCAAGGGCCCAGCUGGAAAGAAGCGUAAGGAGAGAGAGGAGGACUACGCGUCGUCGCUACUCCGAGGGAAGGGGAAGAAGGAGAAGCAGACCGCCGGAGCCACCAGCUACAUGCCUCUCGUGAAGAUGAUCCCACCGACUUCAAACACUUGCAAGCUCCUUUUGACCCCGCAGCGGCGUGCUAUACUCCCGGCGAACUUCGAACAGCUCGCGUUCCUUCGCGUCAACCGCCCCAUGUGGGAUGUUACGACGGUUGCUAGCGUUAGUGCUGAGGAAACCCUUUAGAUCGUAAUCCAGCUAACGAAAGUGCGAUC